AUGCUGCUAGAGCUGGCGGUGUACAUGCGUCAGAUGCGGCGCCUCACCGUCAUCGACCUGCGAGCCAAUCCCAUCUGCGCCACGCCGGGCUACAAGGACGUCGUCAUCAACACCUUCCCGAUACUGCUCAGCUUGGACGCUGAGGAACUUGAUCCUGUUGUACAACAUGCUGCUAGAGCUGGCGGUGUACAAUUGUACAUGCGUCAGAUGUGGCGCCUCAUCGUCAUCGACCUGCGAGCCAACCCCAUUUGCGCCACGCCGGGCUACAAGGACGUCGUCAUCAACACCUUCCCGAUACUGCUCAGCUUGGACGCUGAGGAACUUGAUCCUGUUGUACAAAGAAGCUACAAAAUGGACAUGACACCCGACAUCAACACAUUUGCCACCCGCCGUCUGCUGAGGCUGCUCUAUAUCGAGCAGCUCUCUCGGGCCCACGUCUCGCCCCAUACGCCCCCUGCUGACACCACUGAGAUACCACUGGUGGUUCUAGUUGGGUGUGAAGCCGUCGGCAAAGGAACCCUAGCCCGGCGUCUGGUGGAAGAAUGUAGCGCACACAUUGAACUGGGCUACUUACACACUACAGCACCCUACCAUUUCCCGAAUCGCUACAGGGAAGUAUCGAGGAGCAAGUUCGACGACAUGUUGUUAGCCGGAGAUUUUCUAACUUACAGUGAGAUGGACGGGGAGUCUUACGGGCUAAGCCGCGAAGAAGCUUUCAUUAACGAAGGCAAAGUAAAAGUUGUGUGUAUGGACCUAAUUGGAGCACUAAUGCUGAAGUCUCGCGGUCUCAGGCCGUAUUUAAUUCUCGUCACCCGCCUGGACAAACGAUUGCUUCUCAUAAAACAGAAGGAGCUGAAAACGAUCCGGAAUAUAAACAACGAACAUAGAAUGUCUUUAGAACCGCCAUUGGAGAGGUCCACUCUACAAGUUCUGCUGUCUGGGCGAAUCAUUAUAACAGGAAUCCUUAACGAAAUUUUACUGUAUCUGCCAGAGGAAAAGGAGAAGAGUGAGUUUGUGAUAGAGUCGGAGUGCUCCCUCAUGAUGGACAGCGAAGCCCGCCAAGCUGCCAAGGCGUACGCCAGGGGAUUUAACAUGAUUACAUUACUAGCCUCUAGCACAACUUCAAUAGACGAUGCGUGUAAGGACGCUCGGGAAACGAGUCAAAUGGAACCCAGCCUCUACUCCCUGUAUAAGGAGUCGCAGGGCACCGACGAGUACAACAGCUACGCUAAUGGCCAGAACUCCUACCAAGAGCGAAACGCUCGAAAGGAGCAUGCGGAUAGUCGUCCAUCCCGAACUAAAAAUGAUAAGCCAGCAAGUAUUUCAAGACCGAAAAGUGUCGACUUUAGUAGAUACGCUUCCUCGACAUGGAAAGGUUUUUCGGUAGUCCCGGACAGUUCUAAAUCAUCGAAAUCGGUGACGUUCACAUCGCAAGAAAAUGAGGCGGAAGAUAAGAUAGACCCCAGCGGAAUGUUGAUCGAACCACGGCAUUUAUCUGAGAAAGAAGGUGAAAAGAACAGAACUGCAAGAUCCAUCAGCGGCAAGGUUCCUUGGAAAUCACGUCGGACAGCCACGUCUGGCUCUGGAGACGACCUAGAUCUGUGGCUAGCAUUCUUGUUAGAAACGGGUUUGCUACAGGCUAGCAGUAUAACUCGUAAUUUGUCUGACGUCGGUUCCCGGUACGAACCACGACUCGUAGAUGACCCUGAAUCAAUCAUAAGGCAGCUAGCAGACUAUUUGCAAGUUCCUUGCGAAACCUACACUACUAAUAUCAGAGAUGAAUAUGAAGACAUACACCGCAAAUCACCCGGUCUUUUUUGGGACACGGUGACAACAGACAAUCCAAAUGAAGCUUUUAUCAAGGUGAAAGGUAUAAUCCACAAUAUUUUCAAUUCUCAACCCAAUCUCAAGCCAAUGUUUGAUAUUGACUUUGCAAACUUGAAUGACUACCCUACAGUUGAGAAGAAGUUAGACAGGAUUUGUAAGGAAAUAGCCCCUCAGAGACUGUUCUAUUAAAAUAUAUGCAUUAUAA